UGUGUUGAUAUUCUAGAAUGAGUCUGCAGAUUUUAAAUGCAGAAAAUGCAGAAAACGGGGAAAACGGAGGGAACGUCAAGGAUGACCUAGCAGCGGAAGACUGUGGCUUUUUCUUCGUACCACCGGAACCUACAGGGAGACCUUCCAUUCUACGCCUGUCCCAGAAAGAGAACUUGCCACCAAAAAGUGUGGCAAAAGCUAUGAAGGUAACCUUUCAAACUCCUCUACGAGAUCCUCAGACUCGAAAAAUCUUAAGCCCUACUAUGACGGACAAACUUGACACUACUUUUACACUUGAUGAUUGCAGUGAAGACUUGGUGGAUGAUGUUUUAUCUACAUCCGUCAAUGCUGACACAUGUCAACAAAAGACUGAAGCUGAAGCAAACAGUGCAGUGAUAAACAAACAAAUGCCAGAGAAGGUCAGUGCAGCUCCUUACCCAGAUGAUGAGAUGCCAGUGAAGAGUCGAGGUUCCUACAAUCUUGAUUUUGAUAACUUAAAUGACAUUAAUCCUUUUCAAAGUUCAGCACAGUUGCAGCAUUCUCCUGGAAAGCUGCAGAAGUCUCCUCCUGUGAAAUUAUCUAGCAGCCCUGAGAUAACUCCUGAAAGAAGUAGUGGUUCUCCUAUGCUGGAUGAUACAGCUCCUUUGGAUUCAAUCACAGCAAGUACAGAGCGCUCAAGUGAAGAAGAGAAGACACUUGUAUCUGGAAAAGAAUCUCCCCUGGGAGAGCUGGAGUCUGACAAACCCGUACUGUUGCCUAAGCAAGCAGUCAGUGAAGCUGUGCAGGAUGUGAAGUCUGCUUCCACAGAUGUGAGCCAAACUGGUAAAUCAGUGGAAUUAGCAGAAGCACCUACACCUGCACCAUUAUCUGACAGCUUAGGUCCCAGUAGUUCAGGUUUUACAAAUUCUUCCAAAACUGGGGAAUCAAAACUCCAGAAUGUUUCAGUAGCAGAAAAAGCCUCUGCAGAAGAGCUGGCUAUCUCCAAAGAGGAACCUGCAGAAAAGCCUGAUGUCAUCAAGGCUGGACCAGUAAAACUGGAAUUUGACUUUGACAAUACCACUGCUAGAAAGCCACCUCCUAAGAAGCUAGGUAAAAGACCUGGAAUUAAGCCACCUUCCAGAAAAAGUCCUGUUACCAAACCAAAAACUGAGAAUACUGAAGUACAAAAUAAAAGUAAUGUGGAAGAUGAAAUCCCUGUUCCUAAAGCAUCUUACAAGGUUGACUGGGACAAACUUGAUGAUCCAAACUUUAAUCCAUUUGGAGGGGGUGCUAAAAUUUCCACCUCACCUGAGUGUUCUGAACCUAGCUCUCAGGAAGCUCACUUGCAAGAGGAGCAGGAUAGUACCUUUGCAGAAAGGGAGCCUCUUCCAGUGGAGCAGGAUAACAGACUGAGUACCAGUGAAGCUCUUGAGAAAAGAAAACCCCAGAACCUGGAAAUCAGCAAACAGAGUGUGGUAAAAGACAAACCAAGAACUCAAGAGGACAAGCCAGGAGUUCAAGCAGAAUCUGAACUUCCAAGAUAUAGCACAUUGGAAAAGCAAAUAAGCCCAUCUAAAAUGUCUUCAGCUAAUGUCCCCUCUCAAGACAAUUCGAUUUCUGCUGACAGUGGAAAAAAGUCAGUGUCUGCAGAAGAAAUUAAGCCUAGUUCCCAAAGCACUGAAAUAACAGCAGAUGGGCAGACAGCUAAUGCUGAACCUGAAGAAAUCUUCAGACCGUCAUCAGAAGUUCUAGGUAUGGACAUUGAAAUAGACUAUCUGGAACAGUUUGGGACUUCAUCAUUCAAAGAGUCUGCCUUAAGGAAACAAUCGCUUUAUCUGAAGUUUGACCCUCUAUUGAGAGACAGUCCGAGAAAACAAAUUUCUACUACUCUUGGGAAAAACAUGAAUAUCAGAACGGAUCCUCUUCAGCAUGGUCCUGUUGCUGAUUCAAGUAAAUUGCUUGAGAAAGCUGAAAAGCCUGCAGUCAGUCUUCAAAAUGAAGAAAAAACAAAAGGAAUAGAUCUUCUGGGGACAUUUACAACUUCUGACACAGGUCCCUUAAUACCAGGUGCCCUGAUUAGUGAUGAUCCUUCACUCCCUUUUGUUGCUUCUGCAAACACUGCAGUGGAUGCUAUUAUAGAUGUGCUAAAAUACAGCCAAAAAGACAUGGAUGCAGCUGUUGAACUGGUUAAGAGAGAGGUUCAAGAGAAACAGUUGGAGGCUCAGGAAUGGAAAAAGAAGUAUGACAAGCUUCAUAUGGAAUACAAGGAAAUGGGAAGAAUAGUUGCUGAGUUUGAAAAUACCAUAACACAAAUCAUGGAGGAUGCUCAGAAGCAGAAGGAAACCUCAAGUAAAGAAAUUCAGAGGCUAGUGGAAGAGAAGCAACAAGCUAUUUCGGAUCUUAACUCCAUGGAGAAAUCUUUCUCUGAACUCUUCAAACGAUUUGAAAAACAGAAAGAAGUACUAGAGGGUUACCGCAAAAAUGAAGAAGCUCUGAAAAAAUGUGCCGAAGACUAUCUGGCUAGAAUUAAAAAAGAAGAGCAGAGGUAUCAGGCACUAAAGGCACAUGCAGAAGAAAAGCUGCUUCGAGCAAAUGAGGAAAUUGCCCAGGUAAGAAACAAAGCUAAAUUAGAGACUACAGCGCUACAAGCCAGUCUCCGCAAAGAACAAACGAAGAACCAGACUUUAGAGGGGAACCUUGAACAAAAGAUUAAAGAAAAUGAUGAACUACUGAAACUCUGUGAUGACUUGAUCUUGAAGAUGAAAAAAGAUUGAUAGCUUAACUGUCACAUAUGUAUGUGUAGUAUCUCAGCUUCCUGUCUUGUGUGUUCACUCACUUUUAAUUAUGUAUGUGGGGAGAAAAUAAAAGUCUUGAUUUGCA